CUACCCUAGUUCCAUGGAACAUUUCUCACCUAUAAUUAUUCUAGAACGUUUUCUUUCCUUUUUAUUAGACAAAUCGGUUACUGAUAGUGGUUUGUGCAUAACCACUAGUACCAGAAAUACAUAUUUAACUUAUUCAGAAAAUUUCCCAAAUCAAUAGGCUACCAACGCACAUAUUAUGCAAUAUUUACAUUUUAUCUGCUGUAAUAAUACCGUUGAAGCACCUGCUGAUAUUAUACAUAAACAAUAAACGUAGUCUAGGUACUGAGAAGUAUUUUCAGGGUUGAGAGCCGCGCACGCGCACAUUAAACUCUGAAAGUCCGAGAAAAAAAACUUCAUUUCCCCAUACGCGAACUUGCUGGCAGUUUUAAUCACACCAGUCUCAGGAGCACCUGGAGAGCGGCGGAAGAGUUACAAAACAACAAGGCUUACAUAAAACACGACAGAAAAGUCAAAUCUCUGAGAUGGAAAGUACAAGCUUUAUGAAAAAGGAGUUUGUAAGUGUAUGGGUACGAGAUCCCCAGGUACACAAGGAGGAUUUCUGGCACGCGUUCAUCAGCUAUGAGAUCUGUCUUCACACCAAUAGUAUGUGUUUCCGGAAGAAGACCUCUUGUGUGAGGAGGAGGUAUAGUGAGUUUGUUUGGCUGCGGCAGAAACUACAGAACAACGCUCUGCUCAUAGAGUUACCUAAACUCCCUCCCUGGAAUCCUUUUUUCAAUCUCAACAACGACAUCCAGAUCACUCAACGGAUGCAGGGGCUGCAACAGUUUCUUGAGGCGGUUCUACAGACACCAUUACUGCUGUCAGACAGUCGACUGCACCUGUUCUUGCAGUCACAACUGAGCAUUGCAAAAAUGGACGCGUGUGCACGGGGACUGACGCAUUACACCGUCGCACAGGCAAUACAGCGAUGUAUCGGCGAAGCACGUUUCCCUGUGGAGGAACAGCAUCAAGAAGAAGACAAAAUAUCCUGUGACUCAGACUGUGACAGUACAACAUCCUCUGGCUUGGGUAAUAGUAUAGGACCUGCUACACCUGUUGAAGAAGACUUGUCCCAUAACGAGAGCUUUGCCCAUGAAUUUCAAGCCACGACCCCUGAGGCAGAACUCUUUAGCAGCCUGUCUUCAUCUCCUAGCAACCCGCAGCACGUGCACCCUUGACGUGCAUUCAGUUAUAUGAACUAAAGAGAUGUACACACACGUACACACACAUAUAUACUCUGUCAAAGAGAGUCCCAGUUGCUGCUUACAGCCUCCAGAGUUAUAUUUGGAUGGAUAAUGAGUGAAAAAAGGUCUUGAUUGUUUUAUUACAUGUCAUGUAUGUGUUCAUGUUGUUUGAUGUCUUUUUAAUCUCUCUCUGUCUCUCUCUCUCUCUCUCUCUCUCUAUAUAUAUAUAUAUAUAUAUAUAUAUAUAUUAUAUUUUCUUUAUUUCAUAUCCUUUGGUCAUCAUAUUAAAUCAUCCUCCUUAACUAAAGAGCUGACCUGGAAAGAAAAAAAAACAAUUGGAGUAAAGUGGAUAGGAGUGAAUUACAGUAUGAAUUACAAGGAUUAGCAUCAUUCUAAAUGUUUUUCUUGAUGUCAUUCCGGUGUCCACUGUAUGCGUUUAAUGUGUGCCUGACAAAGAAGUUUUUUAAAUCGCUUCAGCAUUUUCUUCUGUACAGAUGUGCUUUAGUUUAACAGAUUUUAAAACAAUAACAGUAAGUUAAAUAAUGUCAUUUGUUACUUUAUUUCUUAAAAAAUCUUAUUAUAUUAACAUAGCUGAAGACUGUAAAUGUGUGAGGGGAAAAGUGUUUUAAGUACAUUUUUAUUGUGAUUUAUUUAGUGUUGAGCGACGAAUAAAUGUUUUUUUUUAAACAAAA